ACAACGCUGUCCUGUGCGAGGAGACUUGAGGGAAGAACUUCUCUCUCAAGCUUUUCCUUUUCUCCCAAACAACAUCGCCCUAUCGACCACCAUUAUUGGAGUUCACUUACUGGGUUGCCAACCUAUCACUUUGUGCAUUGUUAUUGAACUCCUUCAAUCAUGUUUGGUCGUGUUCCAAAGAAGAGUGAUAACACCAAGUAUUAUGAGAUUCUUGGUGUUUCAAAAAGUGCAAGUCAAGAUGAACUGAAGAAGGCUUAUAGAAAGGCAGCUAUGAAAAAUCACCCUGACAAAGGUGGAGACCCAGAGAAAUUUAAAGAAUUGGGAGAAGCUUAUGAAGUUCUCAGCGAUGCUGAGAAGAGAGAAAUAUAUGAUCAAUAUGGUGUGGAUGCUCUCAAAGAGGGAAUGGGAGGAGGUGGUCCUUCCCACAAUCCUUUCGAUAUAUUUGAAACAUUCUUUGGUAGUGCAGGAUUUGGUGGAGGAGCCUUUGGUGGUGGAACUAGCUCAAGGGGAAGAAGACAGAGGCAAGGUGAAGAUGUCAUGCAUACCGUAAAAGCAUCCCUCGAAGACUUGUACAAUGGUACAACAAAGAAACUCUCUCUUUCGAGAAACGCUCUGUGCCCCAAAUGUAAAGGGUAUCUCCUCUAUCACAUCCCAUUAGACCAUUUACUUGUGUUAAUCUUAAAGGAUCCUUUGGAUAAAGGUUCAAAGAGUGGAGCCCCUAGUGGAUGUUAUGGAUGCCAUGGGACUGGAAUGAAAAUUACAACAAGACAGAUUGGACUGGGCAUGAUCCAACAGAUGCAGCAUGUCUGUCCUGAGUGUAGAGGCUCAGGAGAGGUUAUCAGAGAUAGAGAUAGAUGCACACAAUGCAAGGGAAACAAGGUAAUUCAAGAGAAGAAGGUGCUGGAGGUACAUGUUGAGAAAGGGAUGCAGAAUGGCCAGAAAAUUGUGUUUGAGGGACAAGCUGAUGAAGCACCAGAUACUAGUACUGGAGACAUUAUCUUUGUAGUGCAAGAGAAGAGUCAUCCCAGAUUUGAGCGGAAGUAUGAUGACCUCCAUGUAAAACACAACCUCAGUUUGACAGAGGCUCUCUGUGGGUUUCAGUUCGCCCUAACUCAUCUAGAUGGCAGGCAGCUUCUGAUUAAAUCAAGCCCUGGCGAGGUCAUUAAGCCUGGUCAAUACAAAGCUAUCAAUGAUGAGGGAAUGCCACACCAUCAAAGACCCUUCAUGAAAGGAAGGCUAUACAUCCAUUUCAAUGUUAAUUUCCCAGAUUCUGGAAUUCUUUCUCUUGAACAAUGUCGUACUUUGGAGACUAUUUUACCACCAAAGCCAAAGAGGAACUUAACAGACAUGGAGGUUGAUGAAUGCGAAGAGACUACUUUGCAUGAUGUCAAUAGGGAGGAGGUUAGGCGGAAGCAACAGCAGCAGCGGCAGAAGGAAGUAUAUGAGGAAGAUGGUGAUGAUGAUGAGUCGUCCAUGCCAAGAGUGCAGUGUGCCCAACAAUAAGUAUCUCUGGGUCUCGCUGGCCUUUCCUGUCAACCAUAUUACUAAUCUACUGGGAAGUAGUUAUUUGUAUCUGCAACAGUGUCUGCUUAUAUCUCUCUUUUUAUUUUUUUAAUUUUUUGGGCUAUUCUGCUUUUCCAGUUGGCUUUUAUGCUUUCUAGCACACUUUACAUGGGCCUGGCAUUUUGAAAAUUUUUUUUUAUCCAAGAUUGUCAACCGGCAUUCAAUUAUUAAAUUAAUGGUCGGAGUUAUGUUUGAUAUGUGCACAGAGAACAGGCCAGGAAAUAUUUUUCUCUCGUAAUGAAUGUGUUAUACAAAU